UUGUGGGCUAUUAUUAUAUUUAUAGACAAUAAUUUGAGAUGUUUCAGGUAUUGUUAAUUCCAUCGUGAUCGGUGUAGCAGGCGGAACCUGCAUUGCUGUCAAGCGGUGACUCUGCUGCCACUUCAGCACUGCAGCAACACCAGUAACAUCCACCAUCACCAGCCAUGUACCAGGACUGGGUGUCACUGAGCAUUGCUGUCCAUGACCGGGAGGCUGAGACUCGCAGCGUGCUGAGCCGACUGCCUGCACCGGCGGGUCAGACUGUGGUGGCUGCCGUGGUGCGUGGCAUUGCCUCAACACUUGGCAUAGCCUCAGCCCCACAGCCGAGCCCGCUCUCUGCUGCUGCUGAGGUUGACUGGUGCAUGGAGGUGAUAUGUCACGGCCUCAGCCUGCCUCUCUCCGAGCACGACACGAUCCGCGACUGUGUCAACAUCUACUGCGAGUGGCUGACGGCACUGCUGCCGGCGCCCAAACUCUGUGUGCCAGACGCCGUGCAGCAGAGGCCCAACCACUACUCGCGUCGGAUGCUGAACCACCUGCAGAACCUGUUCGUACCGCGCAGCGAUCAGUCGAUCGACACGAUCAACCGUCAGGCGGUGCUGUGUCACCGCGUGCUGCGAACCGUUCAGAGCCUGUCCAACGAGCCGGCGCGCCUUGAACCGGACACGUGGUCCACGCUGCUGCUCUUCCUGCUGACCGUCAACGACUCGCUACUGUCGCCGCCCACCGUCAAAGAUGACAUCGGUGACCAGAUGUACGAACGGGUGCUGGGAGUGCUGUUCGAGGUCUGGAUCCAGGCCUGCUGCAAGUGCUUCCCGCCGCCGCCACUCUGGAAAACGUUCAGGGAGAGCUGCCUGCAUUGGCGCCACCGGCCCGGUCUGGUCGACCAGUGGAGUGCCGUGAUGACCGCACUCACCGCCCGUCUCCUGGAGUCCAUGUACGGGCCUGGGUUCCCGGCGCUGGCUGUAUCGGAGGAGGACGCCGUGCCGGCCUCCAUGGCGCCCGAGGCGGUGGCGCAGACCUGGUACCGCAUGCUGCAUACCAUCGGUAACCCGGUGGAGAUCAGCAGCGCGGCGGCGGUCAGCAGCACCCAGCAGUUUCUGCAGUACGCCAUCAGUAGCGAGGCCGUCAUCGAGCCGCACCAGCACCCCUGUCUCUCCCAGCUGCCGGCCAUCUUCCACCGCGCCGUCAGAGCCAUCUCGCUGCUCGUCAACGCCUUUUUAGGUGUCACCGAGCCUCCUUUAAAUGAGUCCACCAGCAGCUCGGGCCCGCCAGUCCGUAAGGAGAGCUCGGUACUGAGUCCGUCCCCGGGCAGCGGCAGUGGUGUCACUCCGCCCGCGCAGAGGAGGCACACGCGCAGCAUGGGGUCCGGAUCGGCCGGGAAAGGCAGCCGUGCGUCCAUUAUCGGCGGCCUGGGCUCCCGGACGGCCAGCGCUAGCUCACAGAGCGGCCCGGCCCCGUCCCAGUCGACGGCCGGGGGUGUAGGGGGCUCCUCGGAGCACCCCGCGCCGCCGCCGCCGCCGUCCGUCACCCAGCCGCUUCAGGCGCACUCCCCGGCCGCCGCUGCAGCUGCCGCUCCCGCCCCGGCUGCAGCAGCAGCAGCAGCUGCUGUAUCGUCUGCAGCAGCCGCCGCCGCCGGAGGCUCGGCUGACUCGGGCGCCGUCUCGCUGGCCCCGGGCCGCGCCAAGUGUAACAGCGUGCUCCACCUGUUCGGCGCGUGGCUGUUCGAGGCAGCACUGGUGGGGACCAGCGCACACAGCUCUGCCAAACACACGCAGGGUCAGAGUAAGCGGGCCAGCGCCGCCUACCUCGACUCCCGUAAAUCAUCCACCAGCUCCCAGACGCCGGAGCCGGCCGACCUGCCGGCCACCGUCACCGCCGACAAGUUCGAGCGCGGCCGCGCAGAGGCGCUGGGCGCGCUCUGCCGCAUCUUCUGCGCUAAGAAAACGUCCGAGGAGAUUCUGCCGUCGUAUCUGGCCAGCUUCUACCUGGUACUGCAUGAGGUGCUAUCAGAUAGAGAGGGCACCGAGGUGAGUCAGAACCUGGCGGCGAUCCUGCUCAACUGCUCCAGUCUGCUGCAGCUGGACCUGGACGGCGUCAACUGUCUGCUGCCGGCGCUCACCGACGCCGUGCACCACGUCAUCGCAUCGCCGCGGCCCAUCACUGUCAGGGACAGCGACGUAUCAGGCGCCGCUCUCCGCCGGGCCUCCGUCCGUCUACUGGUCUCCAUGCUCGCACUGCCGCUACACUUCCAGGGUCUACCUGUCCGUGAGCCGGUGCCGGGUGACCGGCCUCCGGUGAGUUUUCUGCAGCUCCGUCCGCGGCUGGUUGGCCUGCUGGUGACCGGGCUGCAGCAGGAGGCAGACCCCGUCAACUGCCAGAUGAUGUUAGGCGGUCUGCUGAUGUGUGUCCAGGACAGCGCGCUAUAUGAGGAGUCCUGUCACGGUCUGCACGACAUCUCCACCGCGGCGGCUGCUGCUGGGUCGCAGCACGUCACAUCAGCCGCGGCUCCGGACAGUAUCAGCGCCUCGAGUGACGUCAGUUUUCCAGAGGACCCCACCGACGAACAGCUGGCCAUCGACUCAGCGCGCGGCCUGUACGUGCGCGCCAUCUACCUGGUGUGCCACCGUCUGAUGACGUCUUGGAAAGCGGAGCUGAACACCUCGCUGGCGGCGCUGGAGCUGCUGGCCGGUCUGGCCAGGGUCCGACUCCAGCACCAGGACGUGGUCGAGUGUAAGCGGGCCGUCAAGUGGCUGUGUGACUACAUCUGCCACCAGUGCUCCCGGCCGCCGCCGGCUCACUCCAAGGACCUGCACUCUACUAUAGUGGCUGCGUUCCGGUGUGUAUCGGUGUGGCUGCUGGAGCACCCCUAUCUGCUGGACGACAGGGAUACGCUGGCCACUCUGUUGGAGGUGGUCGAGCUGGGGAUCUCUGGCACCAAAUCACAGGCCAAGUACGGCGAGCCGCCCGUUAUGAAGCACGACAAGCAGCUGAAGCCGGCCUCGAUGAGGGUCAAGGAGGCCGCCGAGGCGCUCCUCUACGUGCUCAUGGAACAGGUGGACUACUUCCCGUGCGCCAGCGGUGUGUGGUCGCUGUCCUCGCACCUCACGGAGGCGUCUCUGCUGCACCACUGCCACCCGGGCGGCGGACCGCAGCACCGCAAGGCGGCGCUCGCCCAGUUCAAGUACUUUGUCACCGAGAGCCUGCUGAUCGCACUGCUCGAACAGCCGCUCGGGAAUGACGAAGACCCGCAGCCGACGGUGACGUGCCUGAUGCGCGGCCCGUCCCUGCGCACCGCCUGGAUGCUGCAGCUGCGCCACCUGCCCCGGCACAAGUCGGGCGCGCGGCUCACGUCCACCUCCAACCCGGGCCGGCCUCUGCCCAUGUCUGAGCCGGCGACGAGACACAACAUCACGCCGGCCUUCUUCCCGGACGCCGUCGAUCGGAUACCCAGCUGCAAGGCAGAUCGUUCAAUCCCGACGCUGGAGUCGCUCAUUCAGGACCAGAAGUCGGCCUCUGAACACAACCAGAUGCUGCACCUCAUGGAACAACAGAUGAGUCGUGAGAGCGUGGCGCGCCGCGCGGUGGCCUCGCGCACGGCCAGCGCCGGCCUCAACAUGGACACAGAGUGUGUGCCGCCGCCGCCCAGCCAGGAGUUUCAGACGGCGCGGCUGUUCCUCAGCCACUUCCAGCUGCUGGAUGACUGGCCCACGGCUGGACAGGAUAAACAGCAGCAGCCGUCGUUCCGGCCGGGCCACCAGCUGGUGGCGCUGGACGCCCAGGCGCCCGGCUUCGCCGCCGAUCUGGACGCCCUGGAUGCCACCACGUUCCGCACGUGCGACACGGUGCACGUGUACUACGUGCGCAGCGGACAGACCAACGCCGCCAGCGUGCUGGCCAACGGGGCGUCUCUGUCGUCGCUGGACGGCCCGUUCUCCGAGUUUCUGCUGUCGCUCGGCUGGCCCGUGGACGUCUCCAUCCACCCGGGCUGGACCGGACGGCCCGAGACGUCGUUCAACACGGCCCAGCACGAUAGUGCGGGCCGCAGUGAUCGCGCCCCGCCGGACCCUCCCUCCUACGACGGCUCGCGCUGGGCGCUCUACUGGGCGGACGCCCUCACUGAGGUGGCGUUUGUGGUACCGAGCUCCUCUGUCGGGCCGGCGGCGGGACCGGCGGCCGCGCCUGAGGCUGAGCGGAAGCGUCGCGGAGGGCCAGAGCCGCCCGUACUGGUCGUGUGGCUGGAGAGCUUCGAUGACCACCUGACCUUCCCCUCCGCGGAGCUGGCCGGAGACGCCUCCAACGCCAACUACAUCAUCUUCAUCCACGCGCUGCAGAACAAGCUGUACAGGAUCCACCUGCAGGGGCCCAGCGGAAAGAUGACGUUCGCCUCUCCGCUGGUGGAGGGUCUGGUCGUGAGUCGCCGCUCGCUCGGACACCUGGUCAGACAGACGGCCAUCAACGUGUGUACACGCAGGCGGCUCGAGAACGAAAACAGCCACCCUCCGCACGUACGGCGCAAGCAGAAGAUCCAGGAGAUGCUGAUGAAAUACCAGAUGAACAUGUCGCAGCCCGAGUUCUACACGAUGCUCUUCUCGGCUGACGGCUCCCAGUGCUAAAACGCAAUGACGUCGCAUUGUGCGUGAGGGGUGACGUCAUAACGAUGACGUGUAUGUGUGGGUGAUGUCAUCCAUGAGAUGGUGAGGUCAGACUUUGGUUUGAUGUCUGUUUGUACAUGUGUGUGAGUCAUGAGGCAUUGGUUGGUCGCAUUUCGUUCUCUCGCUUGCGUCGCGCGUCCGUCGCCGCUGAAGAAUCGGUGUGGUAAUGUUGGACAAUCAAUGACGCUGGAGAACCCACGCAGCUUUUGAUGUAGGUAUAAGCUCCGUGCGUCCGUUACGAAUUGCGUGGCGAGUGAACGCCGUAUGUAAGAAUAUCUCCCCUGUCGAGGAGAGUAUCUGUAUCGGGGCCACAAUGGUCAUACGGGACCUCCCCCGUGUGUACGGGGCAUAGGCUGCCUGUUGACAUAGAGGCUAUGUAUUGUGUGAUUGAGAUCGCAUCGCUUUGUACCGCCAUGUACGAUUUAUUUAUUGUGCAGCCAUGGGCUCGCAUCACAGCCGGUAAUUGUGAUUCGGCCGGUAUUACUAGCUUGUUGAUUGUUGCGUUUGCUUUCUGUGGUAUGGUUUAAAGGGACCCUCCCACCUUAACAUUAGUUUUGAGUUGAGAUAGCCAAGUUUGCGGCCAGGCUGAGAAACCACCAUUUAUCCUGGUCGCAACCCCCGCAGCUUUAUGGUGUUCAAGAAAUUUCUUCCCUUUACUUGCAGGGUGGGACCAGCGUGGUCCCUAUCUCUUAACCAUUACGGGAAUCUGAUGACGUCAUCAGGCUUUCGAACGUCCGUUAAAUGUUUGACUAAAACGUUUUGUAGCACGCGGUGGUAUAUGCUGCUUUGCGCGCAACAAAUGCCGCACUUUCAAAUAAAGUCGCUAGGAACAGCGGAGAUCCCAAAAAGUAAACAAAAGUAAAAGUCUAAUAUCUUGAAAACUGGUGAAUAUUUUUCGAUGAAAUUUGGUAGAUAUUCGUUUUUGCUCUUUCUGAACCGAGCGACAUCACUUUCAUGCCAAUUCAUUAACUUUUUUGAAGGUGGGAGGGUCCCUUUAAGUUUAUAUAAGCAAAGACGCAGCUUUGCCUAAAUUUUAUACUAUAUCGUUUUGUAGUCGAACAUUGCACACCGCUUGUUUUGCACGAUGUGGUUAAGUUGCGGCUGUAGACGCACCUGCACAUUUGUACUUGGGGCGCACCAGAUAGUAAGGGGACGGCCGAGCGCCGAGACCCGGCACGUACUUAUGGGUAGACCCAUAUAGCUUUACCGUUGUUGGCUUGUGUUGUGGAUGUUUCUACAAAUAUAUUUACUUUUCGCAAAC